AUGAAAAAUAUAAUUGCAGCCACAUUGACGACUCUACUCAUUGGUUUUGGUUUAUACGAAGUAAAUUUAGAUUCUGCUUCUGAUUUUGAAAGAUGGGCUUUGAAAUAUGGCAAAAAUUAUUAUGGAGAUGAGAAAAUUUAUAGAUAAACAAUUUAUUAUCAAAAUAAAUAAAUGAUUGAUGAACAUAACAAAAGAACCGAUGCUACUUAUUUAAUGGCACAAAAUCAAUUUAUGACUAUUACAAAUGAAGAAUUUAUUCGACUAUAUUUGAAUACUAAAUCAUCUGAAUAAUUAAAUCAAUAAGAUUAAGUUAGAAGAAACAAUAUUUAUAAAUCUCCAGAAUCGAUUAACAAAGAAAAUAAACGAGAUUCAGUUGAUUGGAGAGGUUUGGUAAAAGUUAAAAAUUAAGGAUCGUGUCCUUCUUCCUAUGCAAUUUCAGCAACUAGUUUAACAGAAGCAGAAUAUGCAGCCUUAAAAGGAAUAUCUGUAACAUUAUCAGCACAAUAAAUUAUGGAUUGUCAUUACAUGAAGGAUGGAUGUGAUCCUAAUUUUGAUAGAAAUACUGUUUGGGAAGCAUUAGGAUACAUGAUGUAACAUGGAUUAUAUAAUGAAUACUAAUAUCCGUACACUGGUAAAGAUCAGCGGUGUUAAAUAAAAACAGAUGGACCUUGGAAGAUCAAAAAUCGCUCGUGGUCUGCUUCUAUGAAAGCUUAUUCUUUAUAAAGCCAUCUUUAUUUUAACCAUCCUUAUUCAGUUGAAGUUGAUGGCACUAAAUGGUAAUUCUAUGGUUCUGGUAUAUUUUCUGAUUGUAGUUCUGCUACUAGCACAACUAAUUAUUAUGCAUUAGUUGUUGGAUAUGAUAAAUCAGAAAAUUGGUUUGUUCAAGCUUCUUUUGGAACUACUUGGGGAGAAUCUGGAUAUAUAAGAUUAGCACCAGGAAAUACUUGUGGUAUUUUAAAUACGGUCAAUCAUGUGGACUUGAAUGAUUGA